AUGAUGUCUGCGACGAUACCCCAGCACGAUCAACAGUUCUCGGAGCAAUUUUAUCCGCCGCCACUUGAGCAUUCGCAGUAUGCUUCGCUGGAUUCUCAGAACUCUACACUUUCACAGGCUCUAGCACUCAACAAGGAUGUCAAUUCACAGGAUCCUUCUCAUUCUGCAGUGCAAAGUCAGGUCACUUCACAGCAUCAGCAGGCUGCGCCGGCAGCUGACCAGCCCUACUACGUGAAUGCAAAACAAUACCACCGUAUAUUAAAGAGGAGGAUUGCUCGGGCCAAGCUCGAGGAAUCGCUCAAGAUCGCCAGAGGACGCAAACCAUAUCUCCACGAAUCGAGGCACAAACAUGCCAUGAGGCGGCCAAGAGGCCAGGGUGGAAGAUUCUUGACUGCUGCUGAAAUUGCAGAGCUGGAAAGGAAGAAAAAACUGGAGGAGUUGGGAGGCCCUCAAGAAGAGGACGAUUCAGACGUCAAGUCAACCAAGCUUGAGAUUGAACAGUAG